AUGCUUUUCACUUCGGUUUUUUCCUGUCUCUUGCUCCUCUCGCCUGGUGGAGCCCUUGCUCGUGCCUCACCAAGGGAAAAUCCGUUUAAUAAACGGGUCAGCUACACAAAUGUUGCAGACUUCGAUACGUUUGAGACACCCAUCGCCCUCGCAGGCUUGUAUGCCAAUAUUGGCCCUGAUGGCGCCAAGAGCCAGGGUGCCAAAGCUGGUGUUGUAAUCGCAUCCCCUUCCACAUCCGACCCAGAUUAUCUAUAUACCUGGACGCGUGAUGCAUCUUUGGUAUUCAAGUACAUCGUAGAUCGUUUCACGAGUGGUCGGGACUCAUCUCUUCGCACCAAGAUUGACAACUUUGUCGGUCAUGUUGGUCGCAUCCAGCAAGUCACCAAUCCCUCGGGGACUGUCUCGACUGGCGGACUAGGAGAGCCAAAGUUUAUGAUCUCCGAGGCUGCUUUCACUGGUGAAUGGGGUCGCCCACAACGUGAUGGUCCGGCUCUCCGUGCGACGACACUCAUUGCCUACGCAAACUGGCUCCGGGCAAACUCAAACACUACCCAUGUCCAAAAUGUGCUCUGGCCAAUCAUCUCACUCGACCUCAACUAUGUCUCCAAUAACUGGAACAGUACUACCUUUGAUCUUUGGGAAGAGGUCAGCGGUGCCUCGUUCUUCACCACAGCUGCCCAGCACCGUGCCCUUCGUGAGGGAAUCGCCCUCGCCACGGCUCUCGGUGCCCCAUCCAGCACCAUUACUGCAUGGACAACCCAAGCACAGAACCUGCUAUGCUUCUUGCAAACGUACUGGUCACCUGAAUCGGGCUUCAUUGUCGCCAACGUCGACCCGAUUAACGGUGCUAUCCGUAGCGGCAAGGAUGCCAACACCGUCCUGACUACGAUCCACACAUUUGACCCCGCAGCGGGAUGUGACUCGAGCACAUUCCAACCUUGUUCGGACAAAGCGCUUGCCAACCUGAAGGUUUACGUCGACUCGUUCAGAAGCAUCUAUCCUAUCAACUAUGGUAUCGCCAGCAAUGCGGCUGUCGCUACUGGUCGUUACCCUGAAGACGUUUAUUACGGUGGAAACCCAUGGUACCUCACAACGUUUGCCGUUGCAGAGCAACUCUACCGCGCACUCCAAGUCUGGGACGCUGAAGGCAAGGGUAUCGAAGUGACAUCAAUCUCGCUCCCCUUCUUCCAGCAAUUCAACUCUUCGGCAACGACGUUUGCUGACGGCUUUGCGCUCAAGGGAGCUCAAUUUGUGCCAUCUUCUGGUGCCCUCGCUGAGCAAUACGCUCGCAAUGACGGCACCCCCGUAUCUGCAGUCGAUCUGACGUGGAGCUACGCUUCGGUGCUGACCAUGUUUGAUGCGCACGACCGUCUUGCAGUAGACAGCUGGGGAGCUGCUGGUCUCACUGUUCCUACCACUUGCUCCAGCGGCGAUGGGAAAUCCGCGACGGUCAUCUUCAAGGAGACGGCCACGACGAUAUGGGGCGAGAACAUUUAUCUCGUGGGUAAUAUCGAAGCGCUGAAGAACUGGAAUACCAAUAACCCCAUUGGACCGCUGUCCACGACCACAUAUCCCGUCUGGACCACGCUGGUUUCUAUCCCGGCAAAUACUCACUUUGAGUACAAGUUUAUCCGCAAGUUUAAUGGUACUGUCACUUGGGAGUCGGGUGCGAAUCGCUGGAACGCGACUGGUGCUGCAGGCACGAGACUGACGCUUAACAAUGUCUGGAAGUAA